CCGUCUGAGAACUUUGCCCCCCCGAUUCCCAUCCCAAUAACACCAACCAUCCCAGCUUCUACACGUACUUUAUAUAAUGUUUCUCUUAAUUUCCAGGUACCUGUAAUCUGAUAUCGUCGACGUUAAAGUCACAGAAUAUUAUCCUUAACCGUGGCUACUCGUACAACAGUCCAAAAAGUCAUCAUGUCGUCGCUUGUCGCCAAAUCCGUAUCACACAAAGCUUCAUAAGGGAGAAAGAAGACUCCUCUGGGACACUCGCUCGACUGGUUUUAAUAUGGCCCGCCGUGGUCCUAAGCCAAGGGCCCAUCACGGCCAUGAUGAGAUUGCACCCGUCGAUGAUGAUCCGGAACGUCGGCCUGCGGAUGCAGGUUCGGGGCCUGCCCGCCGAGGAGUCCGGAAUAGGAGCAGAGUGGUGUCCUAUUUCGCCAAAGGUGGCAAGUUACGCCCGUUCCGACUACUCCGGGUUGACGCGCGGAACAUCCGGACCCGUUACUUCUCCGACUGGACCGUGUUCAACCAGCUCGUCGUCGCCAGUACCGUUUAUGUCUUCUUCACGAACCUAUUGCCCGGCAUCACUUUUGCUGGGGACCUCUAUGCCCUGACUGGCGAAUCCUGGGGUACCAUCGAGGUAGUCUUCAGUACGGGUCUAUGCGGCGUCAUUUUUGCCCUCUUUUCGGCCCAGCCUCUGACCAUCUUGGGCGUCACGGGACCCUUCUCGGUGUUGGCGGAAAACAUCUACGCCUUGUGCGAGAAGACUUUCGGGGUCCCCUUCUUACCUGUCAUGGCCUGGUCCCUGAUCCACGCAGGGUGGAUGCACUACCUCCUGGCCAUCUUCAACGCCCACGACUGGACCAUGCAGUACGUGACCGACUUUGCCGCCGACAUCUUCUCCCUUCUCAACAGCGUCAUCUACUUCCACAAGGCGGUCCGGGAGCUGCAGCGGACGAAGGGAGUCGUCUCCCUCGCGGCCUUUCUCUAUGCCAUCAUCGGCGCAUCGGGGACCUGUCUCCUCGCCGUUUUCUUGUCGACGGCAAAUCACUGGAAACCCCUGUUUCACAGAUAUGUCCGAAUGGGGCUGGCAGAAUACGCGGCCGCCAUCUCCAUCGUCUUCUUCGUCGGGAUGCCGUACAUCGGAGACCUGCGCACGCCGGACCACAACCUUCUCACAGUGCAGAAGGACGUCCGGCCUUCCUCGCCCGGCCGGAGCCACUUCUUCGUCGAGUUUUGGAACAUCCCCAUCGAGUGGGUGUUCAUCGCCAUCAUCCCCGGAUUCAUCAUCACCGUCCUUUUCUACUUUGACCACGAGAUCAGCAGCAUCAUAUGCACGGCGAAGAGGUACGGAGUGCGAAAGCCCGGGGGUUACGCGUGGGAUGUCGCGCUGCUGGGGACGACCACCAUCCUUUGCGGAAUCCUAGGUAUCCCCCCGGCAAACGGGCUAUUACCUCAGGCUCCCUUACACUCGGAGUCAUUGAUGCAUGCCGUUGUCGAGGAUGACCCGGAAGGCGAGCAGGAGCAGGAGCAGGAGCAGGAACGAGGACAAGGACAAGGACAAGGACAACAAGCACAGGAACCGGGCGAGCCGCCGCGCAAGCCCGUCAUGCGGGUCUACGAGCAGCGAUACUCGCACCUGCUCCAGGCAAUCGGUAUCCUAGUCUUCGUGACCCCUCCGUUCCAGCACCUCUUAGGCCUGACGCCCACCUCCGUCCUCGCCGGGCUCUUCAUGUUCAUGGGCUACCAGUCGCUCUCGGUGAACCCCAUCCUCGCGAGGAUCGGGCACCUCCUGACACCGUGCUCCGACCUGCCACCUCUCCCGCGCGGAGCGACCUGGCUCGGCGUGCACACGUACACCAUCACCCAGCUCAUCCUCACGGGGGUGGUUUUCGGGGUGACGCUGACGGUGGCGGCGCCGGGGUUCCCCAUCAUCAUCGUCGUGCUCGUGCCGGUGCGGCUUUUUGUGAUGAACCGGAUUUGGAGCCGCGAGACGCUGCGCCAUGUUGAUGGAUGGGCCACGCGUGAGGGCAAGCCGGAGGACGACUACGACGACCACGACCACGACGGUAACGGGGAAGAAGAUGGUCGAGCGGGGGUGUUAGUGGAAGGGGAUGGCGCGGGCGGGGAGAAGGGGACAAAGUGGAGGACUUUGCCCGGGGAUUUCGCUUAGAACGACGGGGAUAAUAAGGGGAUGAGAUGAGAGGAGUUGAGUAGAAAUGUCUCAUUGCGGAAUUUAAUUAGCGUAAGGUAUGAAAGAAGAAGAGAAAGAACCCCAGUUGUAAAUAGAUUUCUGCAUCCUGGUUCUACAUAGCCUCAUCUCAACAGCAACUCGUGGUUCGGUUUCACAACCGCGUGCAGGUCAAAAGAUAAGGGCUUUUCCCCGGAUUUCGGGAGCCGUUCCGUCCAUCCCCUUCCUCCUACCCCGCGUCCUAAUCGCUAGCUACAGAUAUAU